AUGCUGCCCUGGCUUCUUAUUUUCUCUGCUCUGGAUCUCUUGGUGUAUGGCAGUCCUACCAUAGUUUCCCGACAGGAGUGGGGAUCGAGUUCACUCACCUGCAGAGUCCCACUGAGCCUGCCUGUGGCCUACCUCAUCACAGAGCAGCUUACCAGGAUGGAGUGCCAAGAUCAGACUACCUGCAGCCAGAUGGUGCGGGUCCUACAGUCCCAUUCUGUCUACAACAAAGGCUGGUGUGAUGUGGCCUUCAACUUCCUGGUUGGGGAUGAUGGCAAUGUAUAUGAAGGUGUCGGUUGGCAUGUCCAAGGCUUGCAUGCUCAAGGCUACAGUAAUGUCUCUCUGAGCAUUGCCUUCUUUGGCAGUAAAAUAGGCAGCAGCCCCAGUCCCACUGCUUUAUCAGCUGCAAAGGACCUGAUCUCCCGUGCCAUCCAGGAUGGGUACCUGUCACCUAGGUACAUUCAGCCACUUCUCUUAAGAGAAGAGACCUGCUUGGUUCCUCAACAUUCAGAGAUGCCCAGGAAAGCAUGCCCCAGUAUCACUCCACGGUCGGCUUGGGAAGCCAGAGAGACACACUGCACUCAAAUGAACCUCCCAGCCAAAUUUGUCAUCAUCAUCCACACUGCUGGAAAAAGCUGCAAUGAAUCUGUGGACUGCUUGGUUCGUGUCAGAGACACACAGUCUUUUCACAUAGACAAUCAAGAUUUCUGUGACAUUGCAUAUCACUUUCUAGUGGGCCAAGAUGGUGGAGUAUAUGAAGGAGUUGGCUGGAAUAUCGAAGGUUCUCACACCUAUGGAUACAAUGACAUUGCAUUAGGAAUUGCCUUCAUGGGAAACUUUGUAGAAAAGCCUCCAAAUAAAGCCGCUCUGGAAGCAGCUCAGGACCUGAUCCAGUGUGCCGUGGCCAAGGGGUACCUGACCCACAACUACCUGCUAAUGGGCCACAGUGAUGUGUCCAAUGUCCUGUCCCCUGGACAGGCAUUGUAUGACAUCAUCAAGACAUGGCCUCACUUCAAGCACUGAGGGAGGCCCCAGUCCCGUCUGACGAUGCUCUUCCUCCUGCUGGGUGUCUGUCCUUACCUCCCACCUCGGCUCAGCACCUCUGGCCCCUCUCUCUUCACUACUUCACCUAGUUCCCUUUUCUUGUGUUGUAGUUACAGCAUCCUCUCUUAUUGACAUUCUCCAGUGUCUCCCAAGCUGUGCACUUACCAUCCUCAGGGGCUGGGUGCCACUUCCUCUCUCUACCUUCCUCUCCCAAGAGCACUCACCUGCUCAGCCAGAUGAGGCUCUCUUUCCCUUGUUACCUGUCUCUUGCCUUGAAUGCAGUCACCCAUGAUCUGUCUGGCAGCUCCAAUGCUCAUCCAUAGCCCCAGUCCUCCUUGUACACAUUUGAA